GCUAAAAUAGAAGGUAGACCGUCAAACGUCAAAGUAAGGAUACUUAACAAAUUGGGCCAAGUCAUAUCGUUCAGCUCCAGCAGCCUUCCAAACUUGUAAGCAGCGAGAGAGCAGCGCAUGUUUUUCCUUUUGCAAGAGAUAUCACCCUUCGGCGCCCCAAACCUGACUACCGCUGCCUAAGGACUAGACAGAAAUAGUUCGCUGCCCUAUCGUAUUGAUUACUGGUAGCGGCUUACUUAUCGGUAUGCGACAGCAGCUGUCGGCAUGGAUGGCAGGUGACCUGGCAGACUGCAACGAAGAACCCGUAAUGAAGUUUUUUGUCAAUUGGCUACAGGUCAAAGUGUUCUGGGCUGAACGGCCAAGCAAGGCUUGUGCUUGCGACAGACAUAUCAACAUCGGCCGACCUAGGUGCAGCCAGAAGUUCCUUCAAGGAGAGGAUGGGUGGUGUCCUUUCAACAAUUCUUCUAGAUGCAGAGGCGGUACGGACACCUAUGCCUGCGAUAUCUGCCUGCAACCUGUUGGACACUUCGUCAUCCUACUCGCAGAUGCCCACCGAAGCGACUGGUCUCGUGGCCUCACGUGGCAUCGGAGAGGGCGCUGACGUUGAGAACACUGCUCUUCUGCAUCCAGCAGGGAAGGUGCCAUCUGGGUUGACAGGAAGCCAACGCAAUGGUGCAGUGAUGGACAACGCGACUACAGCAGGGCCUUGCGCCCGCGCGCCAGCACCUUGCAAACCAACUGCAAGCAGCGCUUUGAUGGAGGCGGCGGGUGAUACCGAUGAUUCAACAGCAUUUUUCGAUGCUACCGACGGCAACUUCAACACAACAGCAGCAAACAAGGGCUUCAGCGCAAUGUCCAGCUCCGCAAUGCCAGAUGGAGUCAUGGCCACACCCACGAGGAGGCGCAGGAUCCCGUCAAGCAAGCAUGACGCAUUGCUGGAGCACGCACAGAAGCUCGGCAAGGAUGAGUUCGGGAACUCCCGCGGACGCUGGUGCUUCACCAGCAGCGGCCUCACCAUCUGCCUCACGCGGGCUGUGGAGGAGAUGCUGGAGAUGCCGCCCACGCCCAUGGAUUACGGGCUGGAAACCCUGCCGGCCUGGAUUAACCUCGUUGUCCAGCUGGCGGCCGGUAAGCCUGUUUCCAACGUGAAGGUUGCUGCGCUUGAGCUGCAGGAGAAGGCGCAGGAGUACCAGGUGCUCGAGUUCGCAGCGCAACAGGCAGGCAAGCAGCCUAAGGAGGGCAACGGCGCAGUCAACGGUGUACCAACGGGGUCCGUGGGUGAGCCGCACUCCUCCAUGACACGGCCCUCAGGAAACACGCUGCACAAGCGCAACCAAGAGCCACCCUCCCCCGUCCCACGGUCUUGCCCGCGGGGCACGCCACUGCGCACGCGCAGCCAAGGGCCACCCCCGCCCGCACCACGGCCCCUGCAGAGCUCGUCGCUGCACAACCGCAACCAAGACCUGCUGGCGGCGAUGGCGCGUGUGGCCGUGUACGAGCCAACGGGCAAGAUCCCGCUGGUAAAGCAGGAGGUCUAUUGAGCAGAUGUGACUCGGCCCAUUGAGGGCUAACCACAUGCGUGCAAGGUAGCGUGCUAGAGGGAACAUAGAUUUAGACUGGUAGGAAGCAGGAUUGCGGCAAGGGUACAGCAGGCUUCAUCUUCUUACAUGUAUGGUAGUUCUUUCAGGCAGUUUCAUAGCAGAGCAGAGCACAUUCUCGUGUGGUCCUAUUUCCUGGGUACGGUGUCGGCCAUGCUACGAGUAGCUGACCCAAAAUAGGAUAACGCUGUGGGUGCUGAUGGGUGGCUUCAGCGCAUGGGCGAUACGUGUGCUUCAACCAUGCGGGCAUCUACCGGUACCAUGGCGGGGCUGGGUUUCGCAGGGCCUGAAACUUGCUGCCACUCAUUACCUCGCCCCUGGUGUGCGGGAGCCGGUGAGCAGUAUCAAGCCCUGAUGUACGGGGUGCAAGGAGUGCAGGAGAUGUUGUAGGAGGUUAGGAGCGAGGUGGCAUUAGCUUAGUUUUCGGAUUAGCCAGAACGUCUAGUGUAGUUAUGCAUGCAUUGCAACAUAGGUUUGGCGCUGAGAUGCGAGCCACACGGCCCUAGGCGCGUGUGUGCUGGAACCGUGCAUUGGCCCUUAAGUGAACCUCAUUGCUUCUACGUCUGUUUCCUUUGUCGUCAAUUUCGUUUAGCUGAAGUGCUGAGGUUUUUGAGUUAUAUAGCCAUUUAGCGCUGCAAACAUUGCAAACAUGGCCAACGAGCAAAGCACGCCAACAUACGACACAUGCGUGUUGCUACACGGCCAUGCCGCGCUGAACUUGUAAGCGGGAGCAGG